GCAGACUAAAUUCACACAUUCAUUACCAAACAACGCACAAAAAUGCUUCCACUUUCUUUACUUUGCUUGUUACAAUUUUUCCCCGUCAUUAUUUCCCAGGCAGUUCAGCCACAAAUUGUAUUCUAUUCACAAACUGGGUGUAAAGGUGACAUUGUGCGAGAUGACAGAGGAAGUACAACUUUCCCUUUAAAUCAGUACCGUUUCGAAUCGUACAAUUAUACAGAACUAUGGCUUAUUCAACCCUGCAACUCUGAUAACAUAUUAUCAUGCGAGAUUCCAAUUCCCAAGAAGGGCAUUCAUGUUUGCAUAGACUCCAAUUUCCAAGACUAUUCGUACCUCCAUUUGAGCAGAAGAAGUGACGACUUGAUCCAAAAUAAGAUCAACUUAUACUCAGGAUCGAGAUUGAAUGGGACACAUGACUCACUGACUACGGAUAUCAAUCGAAAAAAUUUGACCAUUCAUUCGCUCUUCUUUACCGGAAACUAUAGCUGGACAAUUUUUGAGGGUGAGGAAUACAGUGGUAAAAGCUACUGCAUACCGGCCGAUGAAUCAACGUACGAAACUGGGUUCGGUGCAACUAUGCGACUUCAUCUCAACGUGACCAUGGGAAGUUUAAGGCAAGGAUGUCAUGGGGAGGACGUCAUUCCAACCGAGAAACCUAUUGACGAGGGUGGUACGACGACGACUGAUGGUGGUAAUACCGGAGGAGGAACAAUCCUCGGAGGAUGCGGUCUGGUGCAAAUGUUAAUUAUUUGUGUAUAUGCUAUGUAUUAGUUUGGUUUAAUUGAGGCACAUUUAAAUAUUUAUAGUAAUAGACGUCUGUAAUUCAUUAAUCAUUGUAAAUAUGAGAGACCAUUUAAAAGGAGAUUUGAGAUGAUUAAAUUAAAUUCAAAUUCAAAUUUGUUACGAAGUCUUUGAUUCAAUAAUUUAGGUGAUACGUGAGAUAUCUGAAGUACGUAUGUACGCAUGUAUUUAUUUAGGUUUCAAUAUGUGAUUUUUUAAGGGUUCACAUAUUAUGUAUGAAAGUCUUAACUACGAUUGAGAGUCGUAUGUACAUAGAUUACUGAAAUAUAAUUUUGUUUUUACAAAUUUGUCCCUACAUUGUGCUUACUGGUUGAUUAAUCAUCUUUCCGGGUAACGAAGUAUGUAAAUAUCCGGCGUAUGCAAGUACUUAUCGGUAGAACUGUGUACCUAUAACAUUAACUACCAAUGGUAUGUAUGUGUGAAUCUACUUUCAUAUAAAUUUGUAAGAGGAGACGGAAUACGAGA